CUUCUCAACAUGGCGCAUAAUUUGGUUAAUUUCUUGGCCGUAUAAACCUUUUUAAAUAACAACAACGGUAACUUUAUUGAUUCUUGUGCGUUACAUUCUUCCACCAGGAAGUGCAGGUUCCUGGGACACUGAGUCCAAGCAGUACAUGUUGGUUUUAUCGGACACCGUUUUUUGAACUGCAUAUGGCACCAAUAUUGUUUACAUGUUAAGAUACAGAUGUUUGAAGAGCAGAUUGAUCCAGGUAAAAGAUGACACUUAGCUGAAAUAGAAAACCAUGGAAAAGUUUGGUAUGAACUUUGGUGCUGGGCCAAACAAGAAGGAGCUGUUGGAAACUAUAGAAAGUCAGAAAAAGCAACUGGCCCAGUACCAAACACGUUUCAAAGAUGUGGUGAGAGCUUACAAAAGCCUUCUGAAGGAAAAAGAGGCUUUGGAGGCAAGUCUUAAAGUUCUCACUGUGUCCCAGGAAGCAGACUUGAACUUACCAAAUGAACAACCAUUGGGGGGCACAGACACUGGUCGGUGCUCUUCCGACCAUGGAGAUGACAAAUGUUCUGUGCACAGCGAAGACAGCGUUGGCACUGCUGCCAGUGCAGACACUGCCACCAGCGUGGCCAGCAGCAGCACCAAGGGGGAGCUGAACGAAGACGAAAGGGGGCUGGCUGACCAAUUGGCUGCUGGGCCAUCUUCCCAAAAGUCUGAGGAGAACAAUGGGUCUGAAAGCGGCAUCAGCUCUAGCAGUGGCGAGCAGCAGGCUGCAGGAGAAGCAGACAGGAGGGUCUUCCAGUUGAAGACUCAGCUUUUGACCUUGACUAACUCUUUGGCGACAGUGACCCAAGAGAAGUCUAGGAUGGAGGCUUCCUUCCAAGCGGAUAAGAAAAUAAUGAAGCAAGACUUUGAUGAUCUCACUAAAAAGUCAGAAGAAGAAAUAAGCAAACACGAAGCAGAUAUCAAAGGUUUGCAAGAGCAGCUGGCAGAGACCAAAGCCCGUGUUAUAACCCAGCAGCAUGAGCGGGCGCAAGAGCAAGGUGACCAUGCCCUGAUGCUGCGGGAGUUGCAAAACCUGCUGCAGGAAGAACGGGACUUGAGGCAAGAUGCAGAGCUGAGACUGGAAGAGAUGAAGGAAGCACUUGUAGAGAAAAUGUCAGCAGCUGAUCGAGUGGUGGACUGUGAGUCCCAAAUGAAGCAGCUUUCCAAGAAGAUGGAUGAGAUGAAGAAAAGUCUGCAGGCUGCGGAGGAAGAAAAGUGCAAGCCUGAUCCACGCGUAGGGGAACUGCAGCAGCAAAUAGCAGAGUUAAAGGCACAUUUUCAGGGGCAACUGCAACAGGAGAUGAAAAAGGUAGCACAAGCUCAGGAACAGCUUCAAGAACAUUCUCAAAUGGAAGAGGGACGUGUCGCCAGCCUGGAAGAUAGAAUUUCCGAGCUUUCUGAGCUUUUGGGCACGUAUGAGAAAGCCAAACAAAAGGACCAGCUAACUAUUCAGAUGCUCAGAGACCGCAUAUUGCAGCUUGACAUGGAAAACAAGAGUUUGGCUAUAACUGUGACCACCAGGACCUCUGUAGAUCUUACUGUUGAUGAAGCCAAUUUGAAUGUGAACAUGUUGAAAGACAAACUGGAAAAGCUGAAAAAACUGCUGCUAUUGGCAGCACAGAAAUCCCAGCAGUCUAUUGAUAUUGAAAAAGUCUGUGAGGUGGAGCUUGCGGUAACCAGUGAGCCAUCAGAUGGGGAAAAGGCUUCCGUUGCUUAUUACCAGCAGGAACUAAAGCAGCUGAAGGAAGAGUUUGAGCGAUACAAGAUGAGGGCACAGGUGGUGCUCAAAAACAAAAACGCUAAAGAUGGCAGCAUGGCCAAAGAGCUGGAAGAAGCACGUGAUCAACUGUCUGAGCUCAAAGAAAAGUACAUUUCCCUCCGUCUGUCCUGUGAUGAAAUGGAAAGCAAGCACAAACAGGAGCUUGAAGUAAGGCAGCAGCACACAUUAAACCUAGAGCAAGGUCAAAAGCAAAAGCUGGAAAAGUUAGAAACAGAGUAUCGUGAAAGGGCACUUAAACUGGAGGAAGAGCUGCAUAAGCAAAGAGACCGGACUCUUGCGCUGUUGGCAGAAAAGGACCAAGAGCUAGAGAGGCUGAGGUCCAUGUCUUUUGGUUACAGUUUGACUGGGCAUAAAAGCUACAGCGAGAACAAUGCAGCAGUGGAGAGGGAAGUAAAUAGUGGCAGCAGUGACUGUCCAGAUGAGACUCAAGACAUCAUUGCACAGGCUUUGAAGCUGGCAGGGCCUAACGAACCUAAUCUGCUUCUGUAUGCUGAGCAGUUAGCUCGGAAGCAGGUGGAGGUCAAUGCUUUGAGGAAGCUGAAACACAGACUUGAAGGAGAUGUGCGUAAGCUUCAAGAUACACUUCUUACUACCGAAGAACGACAUAGUGAGGAGAUCAGAGUGCUUAAAGAUCAUAUUCAGAAGAGUACUAGAGACCAGAGCCGGGAAGGUGCCAAUCUCGAGUACCUGAAGAACAUUAUCUACAGGUUCUUGACUCUGCAGGACACUCUUGGGCGCCAGCAGACGCUAACUGCCAUUCUGACUAUUUUACACUUCAGUCCCCAGGAAAAACAGGUUGUGUGGAAAUAUCAGGCUAACAGCUGGUGGAGUUCUGGAGCAAGAUAAAACAGCUCAAAGUUGUGUGUGUGUGUAUAGAGCCAGCUUUAUAUAUUAUACACACAAAAUAAUGGAGAAAAUGAAUCAGUAACUGACAAAGAAUUUAUUAAAAUACAGGAAUUAUCUGGUGUAUACAGUAACUAUGCUGCAGUUACAUUUUUGUAAAACAGGCUUGACAAGGACUGAUAUAAUUUAGAAUCCAGAAUAUACAGUUCAAAUUCACGUUUACCACUUUAUGGAUUCUCCUCCCCACAAAAUGUUGUAUUUUUUUUAACUAAAUUAAAAAAAAAAUCUAAUGUGUUGUGUGUAAAGCAGUUCAAUGUUUACUUUUGGUAUUCAAACCUUUGAAAUGGGUGAGCAGUACAAGUGUGCUACUGUGAUUCAGUUGUAUGGGGAUGUUACAACUUAUUGAAAAUGUUUGUUUUUUUAUUCAGUAGCUGUUUUCCAACUCUUUGUUAAAUAUCAUGCAAUUUAUGAGUCUCUGGGAGAACUGUAUAUAUAAACUCAGACACAGGGUCAGAAGUAACAUUCAUUGUGAAACAGAAGUGAUAGUUCUUAACAGACAAUGGAGUCUAUUCUAAACGUUUAAAUGCAGCCUAGGUUACAACAAUUAAACAUUUAACAGUGUGGUUUGUGUCUGUAGAAAUAUGACCAAUCUCUGCAGGGUUAAUAUUUUAAUUAUUUCAGUGAUGGUGUUAUUUAUCUGCCUUUGCUUAAAUCAGUUGGGUAGAGAUUUUGGUUACACUUUUAGUGUGCUUUCUGCUUGGAUUCAUUUUAAAUAUGCAGACAUUUUUAAUUAUUUUCAGGGUAACAAAACUUGUUAUUCAGAUGAUAUUCCUAUGCAAUCCUAUGAAAUUGUUUUGAAAUUCAUAUUAAUUUAUGGCCAUUAUUAUGAAGUGUUGUCAAGAUGCUUUAUUUUUAGAUUGGACAAUAAAUACAUGUUGAAGAUAAGUCUGAACACACCAAAAAGCAUGUGAAAUUAUACAAUAGCUUAAAUUAUGUAAUUUAAGUUUUAUGAAGCAUUUUCAAAGAAUUUGAGGAUGUGCAGUCUUGCAAAAAAAAAAAAAAAAAAAAAAAAAAAACCUUAGUUAAUUAAUUCUCCUUUAAACUGUGUGAUCUUUGGUGAAAGCAGUGAUAUGUGAUUAGAUAAAGGAAUGAUCAUUACUUGAUUUAUCGUCUUCUUUUUUUUUUCAACUUUAGUAGUUACAGAUUCCAAGGAUUAUGUGGGUUGAGAUCUUGAGUUAUUGUCUUAACAUUUGUCACAGUGUUUUAACCACUGGCCAUAUCAAUUUAAACUUUAGAUUUGUCGUAGAAACUGCAGUAGGCCGCACCACCCACACUAUUAUAGCCAGCUCACCCAGGCCUGGUUUAAAUACAAAAAUAAGGCACCUCCCUAACCAUUAAUAAAUAUAGCUAUGGCAUCACCAAAAUCGUAUAUACUUCAGACCAUUAUUGCAAGUUUUCAAACUGACGGAAAUGUUUUGCUGCAUGCACAAAUGGCGCUGGUUUGUGUGCAUUGGUAAGCCGUGAUUUUGAUACACAAACAAAGAAAUUGUGGACAAGUCCCAGGGUGGAGUUUGGAGUCACUGUUGUAAAGUAAAUUUAGAACCAUGUUUUUAAGUUAUAAGGUUGUAUAUUAGGGAACAGGUGGAAACCUUGGGUCUUUAAGAAUUUAAAAUGAUUACAGCAAACACUCAAUAUUGUUAUACACGGGAUAAAAUACCUUUUCUUGUUACUUUAUGUAGGCCUAAUCAUUUGUAAUAUUAGCCAUUACAGUUAUCAGACAUUUCUAACUGAGAAAACUGAAACGGUACAUUUGUUUGGAAAACAAGUAUUUAUUAUAUGAUGUAUGUAAUUAACUCUAUACCUGUGUUUUUGUAGAUAAAUGUAUAUAACUAUUCUGAA